CUCUAACAAUGAAAUCGUCAGCAUCCACAAGAAUGCGUUUCUAUCUUUACCAUUGCUUCAAAAAUUGUACUUGGAUGGGAAUAAUCUAACGUUAUUUACUACAGAUACUUUAAAUAUACGAAACUUAUUCGCGCUACAAACGUUGAAUUUAAGCUCCAAUCCAAUCCACGAAAUCGAUGAGCGAACAUUACUGCACAUUGGUAAUUUUCAGGUCGAAGCACACAUCGACUCGUCUGAUCUCCUCUGCACGUGCCAGUUGCUACAGAUUAGGUGGGAACUCAGGCAAAUGUUUUCCAUAUUAUCGACACAGAAAGCGCUCAGUGCUAUCUACUGUAAUACAGGCACUCAGUUGUUGUCGCUCUAUGCUUUACGUAUGGAGGACGCCACAUUUCUUCAGUGUAUUGGCACGCCGAUAGUGUACGCUCAUGCAAAAGUGUGCCCCUCGUGUGACGGAGCCAACACACUUUCCUCGUGUGAUCAAAAUGUCAUGUGCGAGGAAGAAUCAUCAUUCUGUGAGUCUAGAUACAGCUUCGACUUACUAGGUGGUUCUAUUUCAUUCAACUGCACAAAUAAAGACACCUGCCUCAGUCAAGAGAAGAAAAACAGAAUGAGCUGCACCACGGAAGGCACCGAGACAACCGAGUGCUACUUCUGCUGCUUUGGGGAAUCCUGCGAGCCGAAAAAUGAAGGAGAUUAA